GAGGCGAACAAAUGUAACCAUGGUAACGAUAAAAAGAGCCAACAAACCUGCUCCUGCCGUUAGGUUAUACAGGGACCUGUAGUUUCUCUGUCCUUCGUUGGUAUAACUUUGAACACGGAAGAAUUAUAAUGAACUACACUACCCGCCAUUCACACAGUUACACUCUGGACUCGUGUCCAGAGUAUAUAUUGUAUCACAGGUUGUAGGAGGUUGAACAAAGUAGAACUGAUGUAUUAAAUCGUGAUGAUAGAAAGAAGAUAGUUAGGAUUAGGGUUACAUACAGUGAGGUUGAUGAAAAAUAAUGGCAUUUCAAGGAAACAAUCAUCUUUUAAACUGGAGAAGACGCAGCAAACGAAAAACACCUGGCCAGAAGAUGCAGCUGAAGAUGGACGAUAUUGAUGAAUGGAUGAAGCGAGUGGAAAUGGCCUCUGAGUUUGCGGUGUCAGAGGUGUUGACCUCUGGAACUAACAGCCGAGCGAUGGCUCUGCAAAGCGCAGAGCAGUUACAAGAUCACGACGACGCUUACAGCGAAGCUCAGGCCCUUCUCAGUGAUUGGAUGAGCAGUAAGUUACGGCUUGAGCUUGAAAUGGACGAGGAAGACGACCCGGCCGCGCCCGCUGUUCCCACAGCGGUGCUGCCUGCGUUUAUGGACUACAGCAGCUUUGAUGAGCUGUACAACCACUUGGCUGAGGAGGAGGAGGGCAAGACCGUCAGCAGCUUCCUCCAGGAGCUGAUGGACAGAGAGCUUCUGGACCCUGGGACAGCCCAGGAUCUGCUGCUGGACUUGGAUCAAGCCAGGAGGAGGACCAGGGAUCCCAGCGUUACCAUGGAAGCGCGCCACAGACAGGUGCGGGAGACCCGGGCGCGGCGGGACGCGGAGCGCGAGCGGCUGCGGCGUGCGCAGGAGGCGAGGCGGGCGGCCCUGGAGGAGGCGCGGCAGAGGGAGCGCGAGGCGGAGGCCCGCCGGCGGGAGGAGGCGCGGCGCGGCGAGGCCCUGGUGCAGAAGGAGAUGGGGAGGCUGCGACGGCAGAUGGAGGAGCAGAAGGCCCUGGAGCAGCGGGGGAGGCAGAAGGAAAGGGAGAAGCUAGACAGGCAGAAGGCAGCGGUGCUCCCCCCCAGCGCAGGGCCCUCCUUCUCCACCUACCGCCCCCCCGCAGAGCAGAGCCAGUCCAGGCUCCAUAUACUCAACCUCCAGUGUCUGCAGAGGCCGUUCUCCGGGUGGUACUCGGUGGUGCUGGAGCGCAGGCUGCAGCUGGGUAGGGCGGCGGCACUCUGCGACUGGAAGCGGAGCCUGAGAGCGUGGCGGGCUUGGCGCACGCUCGUGUGGGCCGCCCGGGAGCACCGGGAGAGAGAGGCGACAGAGGAGGAGCUGCGGACCGAGCACAGACGCGACCAGCUCGCCGCGGGGGGGGACCGGAGGCGGUUGCUACGGCGAUGUUUCAGCACAUGGCAGCUGUGGUGGCAGUCGGAGAAGGGUCAGCGAGAGCUCCUGGCUCAGCAGGAGCAGACCCGAAGCAAGAUGGCUGCCCUCAUCAGCGCCGCGUCCACCGGCAGACUGAGGGGCCCAGAGGCCCCGGCCCAAGGCCUGGGGCCGCCGGGGCCCACCGGGGAGGGGGCCGACCCUCCCGGGGUCCCAGACCGCGUGGGAACUGUCAGACAGAAGAAAACAGACGUCCUCCCACCCGCCCCCUCCUCUGGUCGUCAGGGCGAUUCCCCUGCCGUCCCCCCUUUGAUGCGACCCCCCCAGCCGUGGCAGGUGACGCGCCGCCACGCCGCCGUCUCUGCGUGUGAACGGCGGCAGGCGCAGCGGAGGAGAGGAGCGGGGGGGGGAGCGGCCCAGGGGCCCCGGUCGGAGCCGCGGCACGCCGCCCAGCAGCACACCAUCGCCCUGCAGAGGAAGCUCCUCCGGGAGCAGCAGGAGCAGAUCCUGCUGCUGCAGAAAGAGCGCUGCCUGCUGGAGGCCCGGGGAGCUCCAGAGCAGAGGGCCCAGGGCCGGACCGGAGACCAGAACAGUUGGGGCCGCACCCCCACCAGGAAUGCAGCCAAUCAGCAGCGGCCUCUCCUUGACCCUGUUGUCAUGGCGAUGGAGGAGCGUGCCCGGCUGCGCUUGGAGCGGAGGAGGGAGGUGGAGGAGAUGAGGAGAAAGAAAGAGGAGGAGAAGCUGGCCCAGAUGAAAGUGGAGGAGGAGGAGAGACGGAGGCAGGAGCAGGAGGAGAGACGGGAGGAGGAGAGGAGGAGGAGGGAGGAGAGGAGGCUGCAGCGAGAGAGGGAGGAGCAGCAGCAGCAGCGUGUGAGGAGCCAGCAGGCGCUGCAGACGACCGCCCGACACCAUCACCAGAGAAGCCUGCUACUCCGGCGAGGGUUGGCGCCGUGGCAACGCCUCCUCCGCCUGAAGCGGGGCCACGAGCAGCUUGCUGUGAGGCACCACAGGGGGCGGGUCCUGUCAACAGGCCUCCGAGCCUGGCAUCACUGGACCAGGGCCUCCCUGUCUGAGAAACAGGCAGCAGCAGAUCAGCUGAACCGACAGCUCCUGCUGCGGCAGGCUGUGGCCUGCUGGAGACGGCUGGUGGAGUGCCGGGCGCGGCUGGAGGAGCGCGCCCAGGACCACCACCGCGCCACCGCCCAGCGCCGCGUGCUGCGCGCCCUGCUGGCCCUCCUGACCCGGGAGAGGCUGCUCCAGUGGGACCGGCUGGAGGAGGCCCGGCAGCACAGCAGCAGGCGUGUGUUGUGGCGCUGUCUCCGGGUGUGGGUCCUCCUCCCCGGCCGGCAGAGGGAGGAGCGGGAGAAGGAGGCACGCAGGGAGCAGCUGAGGAGGAGGGUGGAGGAGGUGCUGCCGGACUUCCGCUGCUCGCCCCUGGGCUCCUUCUGAAUCUAACGCGCAUGCACACACACACACACACACACACACACACACACACACACACACACACACACACACACACACACACACACACACACACACACACACACACACACACACACACACACUCCAGUCCCUCUGACCCAAGACCUGGUCCUCGGAGCAGCAGGUCGUCAGAAGGCUCUCAGAACACGUCUGUAUUUUUGUUUUAUAUUUAGACGGUUGUUUGGGGGGGGGGCCCUGAAGAAAGGGCAGGAGCCUUUGUGGAGGAUGUCCGUUUCAUCAGCCCCCCCCCCCCCCCGUGCUGAGCAGGUCUCAGUCCAUCUCCGUUCUAACCUCAUGACCUGUUCAGGGCCAUGACCCCGCCUUCCCGUUAAUCCACCCUCCCCAAUGUACACCACAACGUAAUAAAAGAAUACAAUUACAUUUA